AUGCACCUCUGUGUUAUCGGGAAAGAGUCAGUGGACGAGCUUUCCGAGCUCGUAGCGACGCUCUUCUCUCCAAUUCAGAAUCGUCAAAAGGAUCCGCUCCCCACCGUAUCCGAACAUCCUUCAGGGCCAAAUGAGAAAGGGACAAUUGUUUUCGUUCAAUCCGUCGCGACGGUGCAUAAUCUGAAGAUAUUAUUCCCCCUCGAACCUCAAGAUCAGUACUGGCGACACAAACCUGCGCGGUUCAUCUCUCAUUUCGUUGGACAUGAAGGCCCUGGAUCCCUAUUGUCGUACCUCAAGGCGAAAUGCUGGGCAUCGGGUGUGAGUUGCGGCCCUUCAGUCUUGGGAAGGGGCUUCUCAAAUUUUAGCAUCACGAUCACACUUACACGGAAUGGAUUCGAUGGAUACCGGGAGGUUCUUAUCGCCCUUUUUAAAUAUCUUAAUUUCCUCAAAGUUCAAAUGCCGUUCGAGCGCUAUCAUCAGCAGGAGAUUGCAUUUCUAUCAUCUGCGAAGUUCAAAUUUCUCCAAAAACGGAAACCAUCGGAAUAUGCGACGGAGAUCGCUGAAGCCAUGGCGAGCCCGUACCCUCGGAGCCUUUUGAUCGCUGCUCGGUGGAAGACGUGGGAUUGGGGAGACGAUUACGACGAUGAAGGUACCGCGGCCGGAGGAGGAGGUGAGGAAGAUAAGGUGAAGGAAUACUUGGAAGAGUUCACCGUGGAGAAUGCUCGAGUGUUCUUGAUGGGAAAAGAGGAGGAGUUGGUGAAAUUGAAAGGUUUUGCCAGUGGCAUCGAAGGGGUUCAGUGGUCGGAGGAGCCAUGGUACAACACUCGUUACCAGGUUGAGAGGCUUGCAGAGGACUUUAUUACGUUGUGCUCCGAUGGAACAAUUCUGGAGUUCUUUCUGCCUGAAAGGAAUCAAUUUGUACCCGAAAGUCUGGCUGAGGUAGAGAAGAAGGAAGUGCUAGUGCCAAUGAAACGUCCUCGCCUCGUAUGGGAUACACCUUUGUGUAAAUUGUGGCACAAAAAGGACGAUCAAUUUUGGGUCCCUAAAGCGCGGGUUGUGAUCGAAAUCAAAAGUCCAUUUGUAGAUCAGUCCGCCAGGACUGCAGUACUCACGCGCAUGUUUACCGAUCUGGUCAAUGACUCCUUGACCGAAUAUUCCUACGCUGCAUCUUUGGCUGGCCUUUCUUACGAGUGUUACGACAGCUUAAAUGGCAUAUGCGUUUCUUUCAGUGGAUAUAAUGACAAAAUGCCUGUGUUAGCGAGGCAUGUUCUACAACAAAUACAGACUUUAUCCGUGGAUCCUGAAAGGUUGAAGAUCAUGAUAGAAAAGGCCAACAAACGUUGGGAGAACUUCUUUUUAGGAGAAUCGUAUCAUAUUGCAAGAGACUAUGCCUUACAUAUGUUAUCUGCGCAAGGCUGGUUGAGAGAACAGCUUCUGGAACAGCUGCCGACUAUAACUCCCGAGGCCGUCUGUAGUCAAAGGGACUUAAUCCUCUCCCAAGUGCAUAUGCGGAUUCUAGCUUUAGGCAAUAUCACGCAACAGGAGGCCAUCGACUUCGCAAAGGUUGCGGAAGGAGUGCUCAGUGGACCCCUUGUUCAUUUAGACUUCGCUGACCUGAACGAAUUCGCACUCGUACUCCCGCAAGAAAGCAACUUCGUAUACUCAAAAAAAAAUUCCAAUCCGAAGCAAGUCAAUCACGCAAUAACUUCGUACCUUCACAUUGGUUGCGUCCACGGACUCAAAUCCCAGUUGCGGAUCAUAGCAAGCCUUUUGGCGCAAAUCAUGUCGGAGCCUGCUUUCAACGUACUCCGUACAAAGGAGCAGCUAGGAUAUGUAGUGUUCUGCAAUGGACAUUAUCUUCCGGGCGGAACUAUGUUCGGUAUUAGGAUUAUCGUGCAAAGUGAGAAGAGCCCUCAGUACCUCGAAUCCCGCAUUGAAGCAUUUUUGGAGUACAUGAAGAGUUACAUCGAGGAGAUGAGCGAAGAGAUUUUCUUAGAGCAAAAGGCUGGCUUGGCUAAAAAGUGGACAGAAGAGCGGAAGAAUCUGUAUGAGGAAGCCGCAGCUUACUGGGUCUAUAUCAAAAGUGGGUCGUUGAAUUUCCAUGAAGCGGAGAACGAUGCAAACGAGCUAGCGCAGAUCACGAAGGAAGACGUUUUACGGUGCUUCAUGACGUAUGUCCAUCCUUCGUCUGGGACAAGAGCGAAGCUUUCAGUGCAUGUCCAUGCGAGCCCGUCGGAACUAGGUGACUUGAGCAAUCCCUCGGAAAGUGUUGGAAGCCAGGACUCGAGCGGCCCAACAUAUGUCACAGAUCCAGCCGAUUUUCGGAAAUCACUAGAACGGUCGGGAAAAUAUCCACCAGUGGUUAUAUCGGACGAUAUCCCUGCUAAUUGA